AACAAGUAUAGUUUUAUUAUGAGUAUAUAUAUAGUUGAUGGAUAGAAUAUUUACUAAUUUCAACAAGAGGUUCUAUUACAAGUCAUUGUCAUGAAUGACUGCAACUCCAUCACGCAGCAAAGAAACAAAGGAUCUAAUUAAGAAAACAACUAUGCAAGUUCAAAACAGUAGUUCUAAAUUCUUCUUGACUUGGUGAAACAAUGGCAGAAGAUGGAAACGCACAAGUACCUCAACAGUUGAACUUCCAACCGGAGAUUCUUCAACAAGGGAACCCACAAGGAGGAGAUAACGGGAUAGUCCAACAGCAAGAUCAAGCUGAAGGAGGCGAAAAUUUCCAAACAGAAAAUGUUCAAGGAGACUACCCUCCAUCAGAUUCCAUCACCGAUCCCUACAAGUACCUCCGUAUCAUCCCGGCCUCUGACGGCACCAUUACUCGCUUGCCGGAAAUUCCAAUUCCAAACCUCUUAUCUGCAUCUGAUUCACACCCAAUGCCCAUUCUCACCAAAGACCUCACCAUCAACCAAUCAAAUGAAACAUGGGCCCGUAUAUUCCUACCCAAGCAAACACAAGACCAUUCCUUCCACACCAAACUUCCACUCAUAGUUUGGUUCCAUGGAGGAGGGUUCAUCCUCUUCAGUCCAGUUUCAACCUUUUAUCAAGAUUUCUGCGCAAUUAUGGCUAUUCAACUAUCUGCUGUUGUUGUCUCUAUUAAGUACCGCCUCGCACCCGAGCACCGCCUCCCUGCAGCCUACGAGGACGCUGUGGAGGCGGUGCGCUGGAUUAAAACCAUUCCAGAUGAGUGGUUAAGAGACUCUGCUGAUCUCAACAACUGUUUUCUUAUGGGGAGUAGUGCCGGCGCUAAUAUAGCUUACCAUGCUGGACUAAAGCUGGCGGCGACAAUGGAUGAUCAUUAUCUGCAGCCUUUAAAGAUCAGAGGGUUGAUAUUGCAUCAACCUUUCUUCGGUGGGUCCAGGAGGAUUGAAUCGGAGUUGAGAAUGGUUAAUGAUCCCCAUCUGCCGCUUUGUUGUGCUGAUCUGAUGUGGAAGUUGGCUUUGCGAAUUGGAGCUGACCGUGAUCAUGAAUAUUGCAAUCCGACAGUAGAGGGUGGUUCAAAUGCGUUGACGAAGAUGAAGGAGUUAGGGUGGAGAAUAUUGGUUGAUUGGGGUGAUAAAGACCCACUGAUGGACCGUCAUGAGGAAUUCGUGAACAUGCUGCAAGAGAAGGGUAUACAAGUGGUAAGCCAAUUUUUUAAGGGACAUUGCCAUGGGAUAGAGCUUGUUGAUCCCUCCAAAUGCAACGCCCUGAAUUCUGCCUACAAAUCUUUCAUUUCAUGUUCUCUUAAUAUUGAAAGAAAUUUUUUUUAAAAAAAAAUGUUAUUUUCUUCCUUCUAGUAAGAAAGUUGAGCUUUAAAUAUUACGAAGCCCAUCAAAAGCAGGGCCGAGUUUGGACUGAGCUUCAUAACCACAUGUAUUAAUUAUUAUCCGUCUCAAAAAUUAAAAAAAACAUAGAAUGGUACUAUUAAUUUGAUAUUUAUUUAGGUAAUUUUAGUAGAUGUCAUAUUUUUGAAA